CUAAGAAAAUUCCACAAGAUAAACGGUGUACACAGCAGGAUCCACAUGGACAUACUUAUCAAAAAGUUCUUUAAAACUGAGUCCUGAAUGAAAGCAGUUUCGCACAUUUAGUCACAAUCGAUACAUAAUUAACCACGCUGGAAAUCUCCAUUCAAAAUGAACGGAUUAUCACUGCGAGUAUCGUCCAUUCGGGCGAAUGAAAAUGUGAAGAAAAAUUCCGAAAUGCGAAUGGAUCUAUUCAAAGUGCCUUCAUCAUGUAUCUAUCAACCUGAAAAUAAAUACAUCAGCGGUUUAGCAGAAGCUUCAACAGUAGAUGAGCAGAUUAAAUUACUGAAGGAGUAUUCCGCCUAUAUUUUGGACAUUGAAAAAUCUCUCCUAUCGAACAUUCAAAUUUUAGCGGAACUGUUCAUGGAAGCUCCUCUGAAGCAUGCAGUAAAAAACACGAUAACUAAAUUUCUGAGCCAAAUUACAAUUGGCAAGGAGGUGGUGGUGCUGGGUCUGUCAAACACGAUCCGGAGCCGAAUUCAAGGUUUCGACAAGCAACAGAAAAGCACUUUGGCCAGUCGUAAUGCAAUCGUCAACAGUAUUGGUAGUUGUUUCGACAACUUCAAGGUUGGGGUGGAUGCUAUUCGCAGUUGUUUGCAGGAUAUCCUGUGCUUUUUCAACAAAUCCCUUAUGUUGUACACGGAUCAUUUAAGCCAGAAUAUAUCGCCAUCGGACAAAAGUGAAAUCAGUCUCUACAUCCAUGUCACGAUCCGCGUGGCGAUAUCCUGCUUUACUCAGUUCUCGGCAUCAAUCAGGAGCACAUACGAAGGCGAAAAGAACGUGGAAAAGCUCAUUCUCAUUUGCUGGGAUUUGCUGGAAAACCCGGAAAUACCAAUGGAUACGAAAAUAAACUGCGGCAUUCUGAUCACGAUGAAUGCCAACUUAGAGAAGCGAUAUUUACGAUUGACAGAACGCAUAUUCUCGGAAGAAAACUCGACAAAAAAACUUUGCCUCUUGAAUGGUGUCAUAUGCACCAUUGAAUCUGAUUUCUUCAACGAGCCAGACUUUAACGGUUUCAAUAUAUUUUCAAAAACUGCGAACGUGCUCAAGGAGAUUUCUGAAGAGAAUUCAAUAGAACCUAGCAUAAUAUUGGGUGUUUCGAGAGGCUUUUUGCAAAUGACCAAAAGGCUUCUCUCUUUGCAGAUUGUCGAAUACUUAAAAAGAGAUCAUCGAGAGUUGAUCGAAAUUCUAGCAGUUAAUUUAGGAUACUCUUUGUCUCACUUGGACCAUUACAUGGACAGCGUACGUCAUCUGUGCAAAGAACUACUUAAGCUGACAAUUCAGCUAGGGGUGAAAGUUAAUGACAAACUGAACCACAUCAUCUACGAUUAUAUCAGAAACAUAAGCAUUAACAUCAACACAAAAUGUAUUUUGAUAGGUGCCAUCUGUUCGAUUGUUAAGGCCAAAGCCGUUCUACAAGCAGUUCCAAAUGUGAUAGAAUUUUUACUCAAAUCUCUGACGGCUAAUGACCAUGCAAAUAUCAAUCUGCACAUAAACAACUGCUAUGAGACCCUAAUGAUGUCCUAUGCAUACGAAGACAACAAACAGGAAUGGUUCAACAAGUGGAUCAGCCCAAUACUCUCAGAGAUAGUUCGGAACGAGAACAACCCUGAGGUGAAGCAAACGCUUUUUGAUCUAAUUCGCAAGGCAAUUAAAGCAUACCCCGAAAUUGCAAUAUGCAUGAUUGAGAGCAAAACUUCCGUCAAUUUUGGGCUUAUUUUGACUUCACUGGGAAUAGCGAAAAAGACUGGCCUUUUUGACAAAAUCAAUUCGAAUGAACAGAAGUGGAAAAAUCUUCUUCCCUACAGGGAAAUCAAACUUGCCAUGGUUUCGGCGGACGACUCAACGCGUAUGUCGGCCCUGCAUUUACUAACGGAAUGCCACAAAAGUACGGAACUUUUCACGAAACAAGACCUCGAGUGCAUAUUGUUCUUUCUAGAGACCAACAUAAACGUGCAAGCUCCUUCGCUGCGACAGAAAAUCACGUGUUAUAUGAAAAACGCGCUGAACCGGCUUAAAUCCGGAUUUCUCAGUAUCAUCAAAAAGUCCGACACCGAUGGAAAGAGCCAUUACUACUAUGACUUUGUUAAAAGGCUGCAUCAUUUUUGCAUUGAUAAUCUUUUUGUCGGCGCUAACUAUAGUCGGCGGACGAUUUCGUUCCAAGUGCUGAUCCAGUUGCUGCAGAUAGCUAGCUACAUAUUCUACGACGAUGAAAACUCAAGCAUGUGGAAUGAGCAACAGGUACAUUCACUCCUGAGUUCACUAAACGACAGUUACGAAGCCAAUAAAGUGUACUGCAUGAGUGUAUUGUUCUACUGCCCGAAGUAUUACUUCGACAAUUUGACCCAUGUGAUCAACUACGAUGUUGCCAAAGUUCUCAUGACCAGUAUCAAACCCAAUGAAACACUAUCAGCGGCAUAUUAUUUGGAAUAUUUGUGCUUUGUAAACACGAGCAUCGAGCCUCCAACUGUCGCUGGUGAACCCACAUCAGGUAUUCAACCCAAGGUUCAUAAAACGCUCCUCUGGUGUGAACAAAUUCUUCAACAAGAUCUAUUGGUGGCGAAAGCAUCGCUACUUCGGGCAGCACGAGACAAUCCAAUGUUUGGUUGCCUGGCAUGUAUACGUCAUUUGCUGAGCAAACUCGACUUCAAGGAAAUAGCCAAGUGCAACUAUUGGGCCGCAUUUAUCACGAAGCUAGUUCUAACAUGUCAAGAUCUUACUCAAGUAGUAUCAAUUGUGGUUAAUAGCUCUUCUCCAGAGGGACAUCUCCCAAAUGACUUCAGUGCCAUCGAAAACUAUGGUUUCGACGAAGAUGUAGAGAUGCAAUCGAUUGAUCCCACCGGUGAUGAGGAAAUAACUGAUGAAUGUGACCUCGAUCUCAAAAUCACCCCACAGAUGGUUCUACUAUGCUCUUGGCGAACAGUUAAAGAGGUUUCGUUGAUACUAGGAGACAUUGCAUUCCGUAGCCCAAUCAUUAAAAGUCAACAUUCCAUAGUUGCCGAAACUCCAGUUGACUGCACCGGCUUGAUGAGCUGUGAACGAAUCAUAGAGAUUGGCUCUCACUUUACGAAGCUUCUGGCGGAAACGAAACAUCGUGGAGCUUUUGAACAAGCGUACGUCGGUUUCUCCAAGCUUUGUAUACGGCUUUGGGGUUCACAGCACUCCGAAUUGCAUCAAUUGCCCAUGAAAUGGCUACAGGAGAUGAUUAGCGUGAUCGACAGCGAAGGGUCCGGCGAAAACGGGGAAUGUAACCUGAACGCUGACAAAAUAUGCUUAACUCGACGGAGUGCGGGCAUUCCGUUCAUGAUGCAAGCGCUGAUCACAUCGGAACUCCAAGUGAGCUCGUCUAAGGGACUGCAGUUUUCGGUUAGGAAACUGAUCGAGCUUUGCCGAGGAGGAUCUACUGCUCAAACACGAACCCAUUCCUUAAACAUAUUGCGCGCACUGUUCCGUUCUACGGAUCUCGGUGAAGCCAUCGGAGAAUUUGUCUCGGAUGGCAUUGAGUGCGCUAUAAAUGGAUACGACGCCGAAUGUUGGUCGGAACGAAAUUCUUCAACGCUUUUGUUCUCUUCGUUAAUGAUCCGUGUCUUUGGAGUGCAACGCACAAAAGAUUCCGAAAAUUUAAAUAUUAGAAAUAAAAUGACUGGACGUAUAUUUUUCUUGAGAUAUCCUCAGUUGUAUGACUAUUUCAUUACGGAGCUCGAAAAGGCUAGUCAAAUCAUUGUUAAAGGUGCUCGAAGUAAGAAAUUGCAUCCUUUGUUAUUAUUGUUGAGCAGACUUUACCCUUCGGCUCUCGAGGGCAGUGAGUCAAACUUGAAGUUGUCUCGAUUCGUACCAAUUGUAUCAAUCUGCUCAGGAUGUUCGGAAUUGCAGACGAGAUAUCUAGCUGCAAAGUUCAUUGCGAUUAUCGUUUCUCCUGAUCUGGUGUUCGAUAGGAUAUUUCUGCUGCUCGAAAGUCUCAACCGAUCAAACAACAAAGGAAUCAAUCCAAACUCUCUUCACGGUGCUCUUCUGCAAAUACUUUACCUGGUAAAGACUAGAACAUUAGGAGUUAUGCCAGAGUCCAGCAAUCAACUGAAUAACUGGAUAGAGUUGUAUACUGCUAUCUCAAACUACCUGUUUGAAGUGAAGCCCAACUUCGUUCUGUAUGGUGCCAUCAUAGACAUACUGAUUGAAAUUCUAGCCAGAUGCCAAAACAUGAUAUUCGCCGAAGAUGAUCAGUUUCUGGACGAUCUCAGCAACAUUGUAGACUACCUCUUCAACCUAACGAAACAGAAGAGCUUCUAUGGUACCGAAUUGAUAAUGCGCAAACUUGUUCUUAUCAAAGUAGUUAUGUUCAUGUACAAUGAUGACGAAAAUUCCCCGAGCGGGUGCUUCCUCUGUGAUAUUGACCCGAACAAACAUGACUACGAUUAUCUUGAAGCAGCAAUGAAUCUGAUCCUGUUGAUCCAGGACUUCCAGGAGUUGUCGUCGAAUGCUGAACUAUACGAAUUGGACAGAAUGGAGAUCUUCUACAUUCGCCAUCUAAGCAACUGCAAACGAACAAAGAUCAAAGCGCUGCAGAACGAGUUUGCCAAGUCCCCGACGUUUCACCACUUUCUAAAACAGAUCAUAGAGCGAAACGUACACUAUAACUGCACGGUGAAAGCAUACACGAUUCUAAGUUAUAGUAUCAUCGGCGUACAAAGUCUGGUGACGUCCAGCAGCAGUCGUGAAAAUGUAAAAACCCUGUUUGAUGGCGCGAUUCGCAAACCAGAUCAACUUAGAGCUAGCAUUUUUAAAUGUAUCAAAUGUAUAUAUAGUGCUGAAAUGAAGAAUCCAGAGAGUACCCUAGACGUGAACAUACUUCCAACGAUGGCUUCAGCCAUACAGUGCCACAGUAUCAGAUCAACAACGGUGCAAAUACUGAAGAUAACGGCACGGCGGUUUAGUGAAUCCAAAUCCCUAGAAUAUCGUUUGAACUACAGCAAAACCUUGUUGGCCCUGCUGCGGGAUGACGAUUCCGACAUACGAGAAGCCGCAGCUUCCAUUGUGACGUACCUUUUCAACCAUGCAGAAGAAACUAAGAUUCAGCCUACACUUUCGUCUUACGCUCAGAAGCUAUUCCUUCGUAGCUUGUCCAAAACAAUGCUUGCCAAGAAAUUUUCGAUUAGUCAGGCCAUUGCCAUGCUGCUGGUUCUCAUGACAAAUGAGUUAGAUGAAGACGAUGAAGAGUGUUCCAGUGAAGAAUCCGAGUUCAAAGUAUUCGAUAAAAAUGAAGUCAACAUCUACGGUGAAUCUGAGUUGCUGAAGGAAUUUUGCAUGGUGGAAAUACAGACGUUGAUCGUCGACCAUAAUGUACAUAUCGACACAAACGCUGAUAAAAUCGUAAAAACAGCAGAAAAAUUUUGCGCUGUAAAAAGUGCUUUCAGGAAUAUCCUGGUUGAUGCUCAAAAACCUGCCAAGUUGGUCAACAUAACCAAUGACCAACUACAAAUGUAAAUAACAAAACAAUAUGUAAAUAAUUAUAAGAUUAUUGGACAAGUGAAACAUUGAUUUCAAACAUGGGAAUCAUUGUUUACGUAACUGCAUUGAAUGGUAAUAGUAAUUGUGUGUAGAAACAAAGUUUCUGACCUUUUUUAUUAGAUUAUAAUCAAUUUGAAGAAUGUGCAAUAAACUCCUCCAAAUAUA